CGCAUCGAGGUUCCCCGGCCCCCCUCCAUCGAGGAGUUCACCAUCGUGAAGCCCAUCAGCCGCGGUGCCUUCGGGAAGGUGUACCUGGGCCGCAAGGCGGGCAGGCUCUAUGCCGUGAAGGUGAUGAAAAAAGCAGACAUGAUCAACAAAAACAUGGUUCACCAAGUCCAGGCAGAGAGGGAUGCACUGGCUCUCAGUAAAAGUCCUUUCAUUGUGCACUUAUACUACUCACUUCAGUCAGCUAAUAACAUCUAUUUAGUGAUGGAGUACCUUAUUGGUGGCGAUGUCAAAUCUCUUCUCCAUAUUUAUGGAUAUUUUGAUGAAGAAAUGGCUGUUAAGUAUAUUUCUGAAGCAGCAUUGGCUCUUGACUAUCUUCACAGGCAUGGGAUAAUCCACAGGGAUCUGAAGCCAGACAAUAUGCUCAUUUCUAAUCAGGGCCAUAUAAAGUUGACAGACUUUGGGCUUUCCAGAGUUACUCUGAACAGAGAGAUAAAUAUGAUAGAUAUCCUUACUACACCAUCAAUGGCAAAGCCCAAACAAGAUUACUCGCGUACUCCAGGACAAUUGUUGUCUCUCAUCAGUUCUUUGGGUUUUUAUACUGCCGGAAUGAAAAUGCCAGGGUGCAGUUCAAGUCAAUCAUCUGACAGUCUGCAUGAAGUGGUUUCUCCCUUACCUAUGGUCCAAAAGGAAAAUACCCCUCUUUCAACUAGAUUAUUCAAAACAUAUCUUGAUACUUCUCAGUUAACUCCUGUGAUGCCAGUGAGAAGUUUAACUCCUACUCUACUUCAGUCAAGAAAAAGGUUUGGUACCUCCAGUCUCAGUAGUCAGUCACACACAUACCUGUCCAGUAUGGAAUCAGAAUGCUACAGCAGCCCCAGGUGGGAGAAAGAUGUAGAGCAAAGUGAAGAUGAACUAUGUUCUACAACAAGCAAAACAAGUAACAGUGGAUCAGAUCUCCUUUCAAAUGUAGAGUUACUGAAUAGCAAUGGUAUUAAAGUUUUAAAGAAAAAAGAACUGGAAUCUGCCAUUUCUCCCAUCAGCAGCAAUGAUUCUGGCAGUAGGCAGAAGUUGGGAAGUGAACAUUCUGAUAUAACAGAUACUCCUGUGACCACACUUGAUGCAAAAGGCAUAGUCAGAAAAUGUCUUUCUGAAGAUAAGAUUUGGGAAGAAGAAGUCUUUGUAAAUAAAAGAGAUAGGACUAAUGAAACAGCAGAAACUUCCAAUCAACAAAAGUCACCUUCAGGGCAGAAUGGACCUGUCAAGCCUAUCAAAGAGGAAGAAAUUUUUGAAAAGCCAGGUGUAAAAAGAAGCUUUGAAUUAGUUGACACUAGUCCUUGUCAGGAACUUAACUAUGUUAAAAAAACAAAUGCAGAAUAUAAACGUGGCUGUCAAAUCUCAGAAUUUCCAGCAAACAGAAGGACAGGUUUGACAACAGAAAUUCAAUCCUUAAUGCUUUGUGAUGAUGGAUCCCUACGUGACACAUGCAAAAGCAAGGAAGAAGUUAAGAGUUUCAUUGGUAACCAGCAAACAGUAGAAAAAUCACUUACUCCAAUUAUAGCCAAAAAUCUUAUGCAUGAUCUGGAUGCAGACUAUGAAAAGAAUGAUAAAAAGGAGUAUAUGAACUCAAGUUUUUUAGGCACUGAUGAUGAAAAACCUUUAGGAAUCCUCAGUGCAGAUUCUGACUUAUUUCCUGAAACGUCUGCUACAGAAAGCCAUUUAGAAAAGCAGCUUCUAGAUUUAGACAAAAGUGUUAAAGACCUCUCCUUCGAGGAAGCAAAACCAGAAGGCGUGCUAAUAACAUCACCAGAGUCCCGAGAUGUCUCACAAAACGGAGAGGAAGCACAUACUGCCCAGGACUGCAAGCCAUUACAUGUAAAGGAUUAUGACCAAAAACACGUGAAAGAAACUUACCUUGACACAGCAUCUUCUCCUUCAGAGAAGAUGAUGGAAGCACUGAAUCUCUUUAAAAAAAAUGCUGUUGUUUUUCGAAGUUAUAAUAGUCCAAUUAAUGUAUCCAAUGUAUCUGAGCCAUGUAGCAUGGCUUCCUUAGAUAUAAUGGAACUUUCACCUGCUUGUAGUGGCUCUUACCCAACAGCUAUUACUCCAUUACAGAAAGGAAGACCACAUAGGGUCUAUCAGACCCCUCAUCAGGGAGAUGCUGGCACGCCAUAUAGAACUCCAAAGAGUGUAAGAAGAGGAGCUGCCCCAGCAGAAGGUGAACGCAUCCUAGGGACCCCAGACUACCUGGCACCUGAGCUGCUUUUGACAAAACCUCAUGGUUCUGCUGUGGACUGGUGGGCCCUUGGAGUUUGUCUGUUUGAGUUUCUAACUGGAAUUCCACCUUUUAAUGAUGAAACACCAACACAAGUCUUCCAAAAUAUUUUGAAAAGAGAUAUUCCAUGGCCUGAGGGUGACGAAAAGCUGUCUGACAAUGCCCAAAAUGCAAUAGAUAUUCUUCUAACAAUUGACAGUACUAAGAGAGCUGGACUGAAGGAACUGAAACAUCACCUUCUCUUUCAUGGUGUGGACUGGGAUAAUCUGCAGAAUCAAACAAUGCCAUUCAUACCUCAGCCAGAUGAUGAAACUGAUACUUGUUACUUUGAAGCUAGGAAUAAUGCUCAGCACCUGACUGUGUCUGGAUUUAGCUUAUAG